UCAGAAAAUAAAUGCUUUUGAUCUUUCUGUGCGCUGGUUAAUUUUCAUUUUUAAAUUGUGCUGAAAAGUUUUCUCCAGUUAAUUUCUUGUAAUAAACAGUUAGAAUUAAUCACUUCCUGCCGUGGCUUAACGUAUUAGAUAAUAAUAGUUUCAAUCCGGAGUCGAUAAGUGAAUGUGUUUAUGAUUGAAUUCGAAGAAAAAUAGACGACAAAGUUGCAAAAUGCCUCGAGUCAAUUUUACCAGAACUGAUCGAAUAGCGCAGAUGUCUCAACAAGAACAGCUCAUCGCUCAGAAGCGCCAGCAAAUUUUGGAAAAACAGCGAACGUUGCAAAUGGCUAAACAAAUUGUAGCUGAAGCCAGUAAGAAUAAUGCUGGCGCUGAGGAAACUGAACCAGACAAACCUGGCGGAUUAAAGAUACCUUUUAGUAACGAUGGAUCUUUUCUGGAGAACUUCAAGAAACUUAGCGAAAAAAUAGCCAAAACUACCGAGGAUCAAAAUAAACGAGCGGCUGAAGAUGAUGCGUCUAACAGUGAAAAAAAGUUGAAAACGGAAGAAGUUCUUGUAACUAUACCUCCACCUCCGCCACCACCAGCGCCGCCUAUUCCACCUACCGUACCGUCGAUACCGGUGGAGGUUGCCUAUGCUGCGUAUUACAAUAUCACGCAACCUCCGCCAAUGAUGACUCUGAUGCAAUCGGCACCGUUGCCGCCACCGACGAUUCCAGAUACCAUCGCAGAUACUGCCCCACUGAUAGAACCGACCAUGGAUAUAGUCGAGACGGUGCAGCCACCUGUUUUAGAACAAGUACCGGAGGUGGGAGCCAACUGUAAAGUAUUUUCAGAGAAUGAUAAAUUACCAACAACAGUUGAAGAGUUGGUUGAAUUGGUUGCCGAUAUCGGUGAUGUUUAUGAAGAAAAAUUAAGUUCACGUAAAAAUGAAUUGCAUCCAUCGCUUUGGUUCUUGUUUGACAAACAGUCAGAGGCCUACAGAAACUACCGGCAUAUGAUUGUAGCUAGGCUGUUCAAAACGGCUGGCAUAGAGCAUGCUCUGCCGCCUCCGCAACCAUUUAUUGAGCCUGAAACUGCCGUGGAUGAUUCCAAGUACGAUCCGGAAGACGUUCUGGAUGAUACCAACAUGGAAGAUGAUCCAAAUGUCCUGGUUGACCAGAAGGAACAGCAGAAUGACGAGCCGAUUCAGAUGCGGCCUAAUUACUAUGGCGACGAGCAACAUUUCUAUGAUGAUAAAUCUACAACGGAGACUGAUUCCGAUACAGAAUAUGUACGAGAGGCUCGCAAGAGAAACUUGAAGAAUCUGAAGCGUAAGACUAUGAAUGCUGGUAAUGUGCGAGAGGAUAGCACCACCGAUACGGAUGAUGAUUUUGGCGAAUCUUCGGAGGGUAAACAGGAUGCAAAUAGUGAAAAGGGGGCAAAUUCUAACGGGGGUAAGACUGCUCGUCAGAAGCACAAGAAAAAGACGCGGUGGGGUGACAAUGUUGAUAGCACAGAGGGUAACGAUUUGAUUGACGAUAGCAAGGGUUCUGCUGAUGCUUCUCAUAACAGCACCACGGCAAAUUCUGAGCUACCUUCCAGUUCAUACGGCGCACAACCGCAGCAUCCAAAUUCCCGACUGAACCCAGGAUUGUUGCAGUUUGUAUUUCAGUGUUUUGGUACUGUGGAUGUCAGUCCGGAAAGCUGGAAGCAGGCUGAGGAGCAUUUCAGAAUUCGACUGCUGUACGAGGAUAUGUCGAACAAGAUUCAAAUCCACGAGCGAUUCACGAGCAAUCGUCUGAUGCGCAGUGUCGGUGGCGGACAGAUGGAUGCAGAAGAAGAUCUACGUUUGAAUUCGGACAAAAUGAAGGCUGUUUUGCUAUGGAUCAACGAGAUUACAACGUUUUACGAUCGCUUCGGGGCGGCCAACCUUGAAGAGUUUCUCUUGCGAGAUGAAUAUGAAAGUUUUAUAGAUAAAUUCCGUAAAAUUACCGAUCGCCAACCGAAUUUUGAAGAUUACAAGAAAUUCAAGCUAGAGCAAGCAAAAAUCGUUUCAACUAAUUCUCGCGGAGAAUACAGUUCUACUGAUUCGGAUUUCGUUGGAGUGAAAAAUAGUGCCGUAGAAAACAUGGAUGAACUUGAGCAAUCAAGUUUUGCUUUGGACGAUAGCGAAAAGAACGCUAAACGACGUAAAAGCCGCUGGGGUGAUCAAGUUGAAAAGCAAUCGGUCCACCAGGCUCCUGCAGCAACUACUCCGGCAGUACCAGCUGGUGGUCCGUCGUCCUCGAAAUACAAUGCACCAAAACUUAGCACCGUAGGGCGCACGGAUCCAGCCCUGCUGGCUUACGUUCGACAGAAUUUCGGAACAACAGUCCUAUCGGAAGAGGAUUGGAAGAAAGCGGAAGAUCAUUACAAGAUAAAUCUCUUGUAUCAGGAUAUGUUGAGAAAGCGACAGGAAAUCGACAGAUUGGCUUCCAGUGGGAAGUUUAAGUACGAGUAUGAUUCCGAUGAAGAUACGACGGGAGGAACGUGGGAACAUAAACUUCGGUCGCAGGAGAUGGAAGCAACGCAAUUGUGGGCAAAUGAGCUCACUAUAAAAUCUGAAGGAAAGCACCAUAUUGGAGAUUUUCUGCCACCUGAAGAGCUUCGAAAGUUUAUGGAAAAAUAUGACGCACAAAAGAACAAUCGCCUGCCGAAUAUCAGCGAUUACAAAGAAUACAAGCUAACAGAGGAUAACGUUGGAUUCCAGAUGUUGCAAAAACUGGGCUGGAAAGAGGGACAGGGACUCGGAACGGACGGCAGCGGUAUCGUUGAUCCUAUUAACAAGGCAUCGCAGCGCGAUAAUAAUCAAGGUUUGGGAGUAGCACAGUCAGAUAAUCCCGAGGUGGAUGAUAACGAGUACGAUGCCUACCGCAAGCGCAUGAUGCUUGCUUAUCGAUUUCGGCCGAAUCCACUGAAUAAUCCCCGCAGGGCGUAUUAUUGAAUUUUAUCAAUAUACAAAGUGAGUGUAUGUGACCACCCGCAUCGGACGUUAUUGAAAAUGAUAAUCCGCCGCUUAAUGAUGGUGGCAAGUGCUAAAUUGAAUGGCUUCAAAUCGAUUCCGUCUGUGGGAAGGUAAAAAAAUCUAGCUUUCCCUUAUCAGUUUUUCGCGGAUUGUUUUGAGUUACUGCUUUUGGUUAACCAUUACUAUUCGAAAGCAUUUUUGGGUCAGAAAAUGAUUCUAUUACCAUAAAGAAAAAUGCAUUAAUUAUUAUUAAUAAACACCUACUAUCUAGUUAGUUGGAAUAAAUGUUGCAUAUAGCCAUUAUCGACAUAA